GUUUAAGUUACGUGGUAAUAGUAGUUGUACAGCAUGUGCGUAUUGUAUACCUACUGACUUACCUAAAUAGUAUAUAGUAUAUUAUAGAAUACGGAACACGAACGUACGGUGACCUAAAUAAUAAUUUUUAAUCUAACUCUCUAUUGCAAUAUUCAAAUAAAACCAUCUAAUCGCCGAGAUUAGUGUUACCAUUAUAAUAGCUACCUAGUGCACGCGUUGUUUGGAUUAAAAAUAUUAAUGUAACUUAAUCAUAAUUCGUGAACCGUUGAGCGCGUAAUAAUAUUGAAACAUUAAUUCGUAACCUACUUAUUACCUAGUUAAUACUUACCUAAAUACCUUCGCAGUUCGUAUAUUAUACUUAUAAAUUAUAAUAUCCAAUAUCGGCGUGUCGAAUUCUGUGAGAUCAGUGUUUCAGACGUGUUUGGACUGUAAACGUUUUAGCUGACAUGGAAAGGUGGAACAAUAGAGUGGCCAUCGUGACUGGCGUGAGCAGCGGCAUAGGAAAAGCCAUUGCUAUAGCUCUGUUGAAAAGUGGUAUGGUCGUCGUUGGUAUUGCCAGACGAGAAAAUCUAUUGAAGAAAUUAAGCGAAGAAGUCGAAAGUUUUCCUGGGAAGUUCUAUUACAAAUCAUUUGAUAUCAGAAACGAGAAACAAAUAACUGAAUGCAUUCACUGGACCGUAACUACUUGUGGAAGUGUCGACGUGCUGAUUAAUAAUGCUGGAAUUUAUGACGAAACUGAAUUUGUUGAUGAGUCGAUGGAACAUGGGAAAAUGAUCAUGGAGACAAAUUAUUUGGCCGGAUGUAUUUUUAUGAAAGAAGUAAUAAACAAGAUGAAACUGAAUGGUAUUGACGAUGGACACAUUAUCAAUAUAAAUAGCGUGGCAGGCCAUUAUAGAGCUGAACCGAUAAAAGCACUUAUUCAUAAUGCCAGCAAACACUGUGUAACAUUAACAACCGACAGUAUUCGAAGAAUGUUGGUUAAUGAGGGGAGUAAAAUUAAGAUUACGAGUUUAAGUCCUGGGGUGACUAUUAAAGAGUCAUCAGAACAACAAUUGAAAUCACACCCUGAGAUAACAUACCUAGAAACUGAAGAUAUUGUUAAUGCCACACUUUACAUUUUAGGAACACCAAAAAAUGUUCAAGUAUGUGAAUUGACAAUCAGAUCUGUUGGAGAAAUCAUGUAUUAA